AUGGCGCUGUACUGGUUCCAUGUUCAGAAGAUCAGUGGCCAUUUUGACGGAUGCGAAUUUCACCACAUACCUCGGGCAGAAAAUGAAGCAGCCGACGCAUUGUCGAAACUCGGUUCAACACGACAAGCCAUUCCGGCUAGGGUGGCACUAGAGCAUUUACGAAAGCCAUCUAUCAAACCAUCACCAGAAUCAGAGUCUAUAUUUAUCCCGGCGAGUUCAGAACUCCGCGCCGCUCCCAUGGACAUUGAUAGUGGCAGCGGUUCCGGUAACCCGAGUACCGAGCGCCUUAACUCAGCAGAAACAAUGGCAAUUGAGCCAAUGGAGAUGGACGAGCCGGAUGAGCCGAUCUUCACCACUCGUCUUGUGCCGGCCUGGGCGGAACCGAUAAUGUCCUACCUCAAAGAUGGGAGUCUCCCGGAAGAGGAACUGUUGGCAAGGCAAAUCCAGAGAAGAGCGAAAGCAUACACCAUCAUCAAUGGCGAGCUUUACAAAAGGAGCGUUACCAACAUCCUGUAG